AUGAUCUGGUUGCGCUAUCUCCCUCGCAAUCCUCGAUACCUCCGCCAGUGUCGGGCAUUCACCACCGGGUCCACCAGGAUAGUAAGUGUUCCCGUGAGAAUUAGGAGGCCAUGGUUCAGACGAUUUGCUACUAGUGUCCUCGCUUACGGUGUCGCAUUCCAUGUCUGGACUACUCUGGUAUAUUUGCAAUUGGAUGGAAGUACUGUGAGCGAAUCCGCCUCUAGCGGUUCUCCCAGAGCAUUGAGUGAAGGUAGGAUUAUUGAGGGGAAUGGAAAGAUUCUUGAUGAUGACGAGGUUGAGGAUGCCUCAUUCAUACCUCUGAGUUGGCCUCGUCUUCGUCCUGGUGAACUUUACAAGGGAAGCGAUCCAGAAUGGAAGACUUUCCAAGAAUAUGCUCGCGACAAGCAAAAGAUGGAUACCUUGAGAAAGGAGUUGCAAACGCUGGUGCUUGCCAAGUUAUCAACGCAACGGGAAUUCGUACAUCUUCUUGGAGGAAAGCCAUUGAGAGUUUCGGAUAGUUGGCUGAUGGUUCACUGUCCGUACCGUGCUCCGCCGCAAUAUGAAACCCUCGGUCUAGCAAUCGUGGAUAAUGAGGCGACCUUGAUAUCAAAGCCCAUUCCUCGCGAGCAAGGUCAGUUGCUCACAGCAGCACUUUUCCCUUCCGCUGUAGCCUCUGCAGUGCUUGCGGCUGGUAAGGUUCUAUGGAAACGAAAAGUGCAACGAUUCAAAAACUAUCUCGGAGCAGAUGAGGAGCGCUCUACAAAAGAGGCCAUCAUGAAAAUAAAGAAUAUGGAUAUUCAAUCAGACAUGAGCCCAUCGACGAACGUCAGUUUACAGAAUUUUGCAGACUGGGAAAAGUCACUUUCUUCGGGUGCUGCUGAAGAGAUCAACCGAUCGGCCGCGUCAGGGAUGUCGGAUACGACUAGAUCUCAGCCUCAGCCCGAUACUUCUCGCACGCCCAAAAUACUCUCUUUGAUGCAGAGCCUCUCUUCCCAGUACAAAGGUUCUGAUUUCUAUGUCGCCUACCUUGCUUUCAAUCUCCAUUUCAAGAGAAAUAGAGCGCUACAACGCAAGGUACCCCCGCGCGGUGUUUUCUAUUUAAGUGGACCAAUAGGUAUCAAGGGCGGCAAGGGAGAAUGCAGAGUCGAGGUUCGCGGUGAAUAUGAUCCCGCCGAAAAGAAAUGGUGCUCCUUGAUGGUUGAUCUCAAGGAUCUUCGGCCAUAUAAUCAGUCACCACUCGGAUAUCAUCGUGAAUGAUACAUUGAUGUUUUCUCUUUGACGACUACAAGGACUAUUAGUUCUCGAGGCGGACUUGAGAUACAUAAGUCAUAUGCACAUAUACACCUCCAGAUGGGAACAGGACAUAGCGCCUCGGGCGAAGGUCACAUCACCAUAACCCGAAAAGUUAUCUACACCCGGCUGACAUACUACCAAGUCGACAUUCAAGGCAGUUCAGGCACAUUGCAUCAGAGCCGUGUCGGCUCAACCGUCCAUUGCACGAAAUACCCUUUCAUAUGUCGUCACAUUGCUGCAUCUUUGGUGUUUCCCGUGUUAGCGAAUUUUAUCCAUACUGGCUUUGAAGCAAAUAGAAUAUUGAUUUUUCCAG